AUGGCACCUCGAGGAUUCAUCAAUCCAACUCCUAAAACCGAGUCUGCGCGUUCCGCCUUGAGCUCUUUCACCUGCACCCUCUGCAAUAAGUCUUACUCCCGCCAUCCAGAAUACGAGGCGCAUAUCUCUUCAUAUGACCAUCAGCAUCGCAAACGUCUCCAAGAUCUAAAACAGUUGUCGCGAGACCCCAAUGCCGCCGAGAAAGCAAGGCGAGCGGAAAAAAGGGCCGAUGCAGAGGCUGGGCUAAGAGUAAUCGACACUAAUAAAAAUGGGGCAUCUCUAGGGACAGGAACUGCGGGUGGAGGAGGAGGAGUUGGUGGUGUAAGUGGCGGCGGCAUUGGCGCCAGCGGUGCCGGAGGCUUCAAGAAAGGUGGAUUCAAGAGCUCCUUUACUGCCGUCAAAGGCCCUGUAGCACCUACAGCACCGACAAGGAAGAAUGUGCUCGGGGAUGACGAUGACGAUGAAAGCCUAGGUCUCGCUGAUGCAGGCGAACGAGCUGGUGUUCCAUCACCGGGUCCCACCGGCGCCAUCCAUCAUGAGCCCGCAGAAAGCGACACUGACGAAGAGAAUAUGCAUGGCACGCUGCGCGGUGACUACUACAACCCUCGCAGACCCACCGACUGCUGGUCCGAGUGUGUUGGUGCUAGGACUGUCGAGGCUACCUCUUCUUAG